AUUGCGUCACGUCCUACACCAUCCGGAAAGUAAACUGAUUUACAAGUCAUGAUGGCCUCCUGCUCUUCGUUCUAAGAUGUACAGUUUAGCAUUUGUAGAUUAGCACUUCUCCACGCGCAGCAGCACGCCCAGGUUCGCGGUGUUACGGAAGGUCAUCAGACUCAGACUCGGUAUCUCAACGGUAGAAAGAAUUCCAGUCUAAAGAUCCGUUUAAGAAACGCAAUGGAUAAUUUUGAUAAUCUCAGUGCGUCGGAGAAGGCGGAAGCGACCGAGCUCCAGCGACUGAUCGCUGUAGAACAACAAAAGGCUCAAUUCCAGGCUCAGGUACACACCUUCACAGAUGUCUGCUGGGACAAGUGCAUGGACAGUCCCGGAUCCAAGUUGGACUACCGGACGGAAAUGUGCAUUGUGAACUGCGUGGAGCGAUUCAUCGACACCACCUUGACCAUCACCAACCGCUUCAGUCAGAUGGUGCAGAAAGGCACUCAUUAAUGAUGGACCACACCAUCUUUUAUUGGACUUUAUUCGGAUAAGAGUGUUGCGUCCCUGCCGUGUGUGUUGGCUGGGGAUGUGAAGACAACGUUACUGUUGUGUGUGUAUUUUCAUGCGGCAGAUUUGUGUAUGGAUUGACAGGUUUAUAACUUGUCAGGAAAGUGGAUGAAAGUAAACAUUUGAAGAGAAAAAAAACCUUGUCAGAGUGUUUAAUAAUUAAUGCAAGGUAUUCUCAAGCCUGGAGUGCCUAACAUUUAGCAAAAAGCAGUUGGAAAGUUUUGACAGCAUGACUUAUUAUGGGGUGUCCAGACUAAAUUAAAGGAUGCAUGAAGACUUUGUACAUUAAAUAUGUUAAAAGCCAUCCAAUGUGGGCCAAUACCUUGAACAUCACAUGUAUGUGAUUUCAUGUUUUCAUGUAUGUUAUACGUAUGUUACAGGACACCUGACAUGCACAGUAAUGCUUUUCCCAAUGUUGCGUGAUUUCCCACUUUUAAUUGUAUCCUAAAGCUACAGAAUGUGCCGUAUCAAUAAAUAAAUACAUAAUAUAACAAACUUAA